GGCUAUGGUUGUGUCAGGCUGGCACCACAUAACUCAUCCCCGGUCCCUCGUCGUGCUUGCAGAUCGCCAGACCGGCUCGUCCCCGUCGUGGUGGGGCGGCAGCGGCGGCUCGCUGCUGGGCGAGGCGACGGGCUCCGACUUCUACACGUCGACGCACGGCCUGGUGCAGACGCACCCGACGCGCGGCCGCCUGCCGUCCUUCGGCGGCGAGAAGACGCUCGACUUCGGCAACCGCGCGCAGCAGGUGCUGGCGCAGAACGCGCACCUCUCCACCCCCGAGCAGUGCGCACGCGCCUGCCGCGAGGGCGAGCCGCCCCGCAUCUGCUACUUCCACUUCACGCUCGAGCUCUACAACGUCCUCGGCGCGGCCUGCCAGGUGUGCACGCCCAACGCCACCAACACCGUGUGGAGCCACUGCCAGUGCGUGCUCGCUGACGGCGUGGAACGCGGCAUCCUCAGCGCCAACCGCAUGUUGCCUGGGCCCAGCAUUCAGGUGUGCGAGAACGACAAGGUGGUGAUCGACGUGGAGAACGCGAUGGAGGGCAUGGAGGUGACCAUCCACUGGCACGGCCUGUGGCAGCGCGGCACCCAGUACUCCGACGGCGUGCCCUACGUCACACAGUGCCCCAUCCAGCAGGGCAACACCUUCCGCUACCAGUGGAUCGCCGCCAACGCCGGCACGCACUUCUGGCACGCGCACACAGGUCUGCAAAAGAUGGACGGCCUGUACGGCAGCAUCGUGGUGCGUCAAGCGCCGUCACGCGACCCCAACAGCAACCUGUACGACUACGACCUGACGACGCACGUGAUGCUGCUGUCGGACUGGAUGCACGAGGACGCCAUCGAGCGCUUCCCCGGCCGCCUCGCCGUCAACCCGGGCCAGGACCCCGAGAACGUGCUCAUCAACGGCAAGGGCCAGUUCCAGGACCCCAUCACUGGCUUCGUGACCAACACCCCUCUGGAAGUGUUCACCAUGACUCCGGGCAGACGCUACCGCUUCCGCAUGAUCAACUCCUUCGCCAGCGUGUGCCCCGCGCAGCUCACCAUCCAGGGCCACCCACUGCACCGUUCAAUCGCGGGUUCGACGGCGAGCCCGUACAGGCCUGUCGUUCGUCAAACACCCAUCAUCUCUUCUCGGGCGAGCGCUACGACUUCGUCAUCAACGCCGACCAGACGCCCGGCGCCUACUGGAUCCAGGUGCGCGGCCUGGGCGAGUGCGGCACCAAGCGCGCCCAGCAGCUGGCGGUGCUUCGCUACGCGCGCGGGCCCUACGAGCCCAGCUCCCCGCGCCCGCUCUACGACGUCGGCCUGCCGCAGGGCGUGGUUCUGAACCCCCUGGAUGCCAUCUGCAAUCGUCAACGCACCGACGCCAUCUGCAUCAACCAGCUGAAGAACGCGCAGCACGUCGAUGACGGCAUCCUGCAGGAACGCCCCGACGUCAAGAUCUUCUUGCCCUUCCGUUUCCUCUUCUACAGACCCGAGGAACUCUUCACCCCUCACACCUACAACAGAUACCUCGUGGCCCCCAACGGCGACCACGUGAUUUCGCUGGUGGACGAGAUCUCGUUCGUGUUCCCGCCCUCGCCGCCGCUCUCGCAGAUCGACGACAUCCCGCCCGAGCAGUUCUGCAACGGCGACAACCGCCCGCCCGACUGCGGCGCCAACUGCAUGUGCACGCACAAGGUGGACAUCCCGCUCAACGCCGUCGUCGAAGUCGUGCUCGUAGAUGAAGUGCAACAGCCGAACCUCAGCCACCCGUUCCAUCUGCACGGCUACGCCUUCAAGGUGAUCGGCAUGGGCCGCUCCCCCGACCAGAACGUCAAGAAGAUCAACCUGAAGCACGCGCUCGACCUGGACAGACGCGGCCUGCUGCACAGAGAGUUCAACCUGCCGCCUUCCAAGGACACCAUCGCCGUGCCCAACAACGGUUACGUCGUCUUCCGCUUCCGAGCCGAUAAUCCCGGUUUAACAUCACAAGCUUGUGGGGAUAUGCAUUUUGAAGACAUGCGAUUUGGACAUUGUGGAUUUCAAGUUUUAUCAAUAGACUCAUUUCCUCCGUUUCGUUCCGCAGGCUACUGGCUGUUCCACUGCCACUUCCUCUUCCACAUCGUGAUAGGCAUGAACACCAUCAUGCACGUGGGCACCCACGCCGACCUGCCGCCGGUGCCGCCCAACUUCCCGACGUGCGGCGACUUCCUGCCGCCCAUCACCGGCCCGCACUGA